UUUUCUGUACGUAGGAAAGCUCCAAGAGUCACUACCUCAUCUCUUAUAUUACUCUCAUCGCCACCACACCCUCCAUUUCUGCUUCCACUUGUCUCGCUUCCUCCUUCCCCUGUGCCUGCAGGGGGCAGCCACAGCUUUCUGCAAGGAAAGAGAAUUUCAUCAGAGUGGUGUGAGUGUUCGCUAGCUUGUCGCGAAGAUGGGGGAGAUCACCAAUGUCAUGGAGUACCAGGCCAUCGCGAAGCAGAAGCUUCCCAAGAUGAUCUACGACUACUAUGCUUCUGGUGCCGAGGAUGAGUGGACUCUCCAGGAGAACAGGGAGGCCUUCUCUAGGAUCCUGUUUCGCCCACGCAUACUGAUCGAUGUAUCCAAGAUCGACAUGACCACAACUGUGCUGGGAUUCAAGAUCUCAAUGCCCAUCAUGAUUGCUCCCUCUGCCAUGCAGAAGAUGGCUCACCCAGAUGGAGAGUACGCAACUGCGCGCGCAGCAUCAGCAGCAGGCACUAUAAUGACACUGUCAUCCUGGGCCACUUCAAGUGUUGAGGAGGUUGCCUCAACUGGACCAGGGAUUCGCUUCUUCCAGCUAUAUGUCUACAAGGACAAGAAAGUGGUGGAACAGCUUGUCAGGAGAGCUGAAAGGGCGGGAUUCAAGGCGAUAGCGCUCACUGUCGACACUCCGCGGCUUGGCCGUAGGGAAGCUGAUAUCAAGAACAGAUUUGUUCUGCCGCCGUAUCUGACGCUCAAGAAUUUCGAAGGUCUAGACCUCGGCAAAAUGGACCAGGCUGCCGAUUCAGGGCUGGCUUCCUAUGUCGCCGGCCAAAUCGACCGCACCCUGAGCUGGAAGGAUGUGAAGUGGCUGCAGACCAUCACCACGCUGCCGAUCCUGGUCAAGGGAGUGAUCACUGCAGAAGACACUAGGCUGGCGGUGGAGAACGGCGCGGCGGGGAUCAUCGUGUCCAACCACGGCGCGCGCCAACUGGACUACGUGCCGGCGACCAUCAGCGCGCUGGAGGAGGUCGUCAAGGCGGCCCGCGGGCAGCUCCCUGUGUUCCUGGACGGUGGCGUUCGCCGCGGCACCGACGUCUUCAAGGCGCUCGCCCUCGGCGCCGCCGGUGUCUUCAUCGGGAGGCCGGUGGUGUUCUCGCUGGCGGCGGCGGGCCAGGCUGGGGUGUCCAACGUGCUGCGGAUGAUGCGGGAUGAGUUCGAGCUCACCAUGGCGCUCAGCGGCUGCACCUCCCUCUCCGACAUCACCCGCAACCACGUCAUCACCGAGGCCGACAAGCUCGGCGUCAUGCCGUCGCGCUUGUAGAUACCUUGCUCGCGAGGCUCACCGCCGGCCGGUCGGUAUCGACGCCGGCCUCGAUGGAAGAUUCAUCAUCAGCUCAGGAUGAUUAAUUAAUGCAUGCAUGGACGCAUGCUAGCUCGAUGAUACUAUAAUUUUGGGGACGUAUGUUUAUUUGAAGUGAUCGAUCACUGUACGCGCGCACGCAGUGUACCGUAAAAUCUUACAGAUUAAUUACAUGCAUCAUGGAUCUUAAAUUCUUAA